AUGGAGUUGUUCCUCUUUUUCCGGCUGGAACCAUGGCGGCUGUUGAAAAAGAAGGUUCCUGCUGUGCCAGAAACCCUUAAGAAAAAGCGAAAGAAUUUCACAGAGCUGAAGAUCAAGCGUCUGAGAAAGAAGUGUGCCCAAAAGAUGCUUCGAAAGGCAAGGAGGAAGCUUAUCUAUGAAAAAGCUAAGCAUUAUCAUAAAGAAUAUAGGCAGAUGUACAGAACUGAGAUUCAGAUGGCUAGGAUGGCAAGAAAAGCUGGCAACUUUUAUGUACCUGCAGAACCAAAAUUGGCAUUUGUCAUCAGGAUCAGAGGUAUCAAUGGUGUGAGUCCAAAGGUCCGAAAAGUGUUGCAGCUUCUUCGCCUUCGCCAAAUCUUCAAUGGAACUUUUGUUAAGCUCAAUAAGGCUUCCAUUAACAUGCUGAGGAUUGUAGAACCGUAUAUUGCAUGGGGGUACCCAAAUCUGAAGUCAGUAAAUGAGCUAAUCUACAAGCGUGGUUAUGGCAAAAUCAAUAAGAAACGAAUUGCGUUGACUGAUAACAGUUUGAUUGCACGAUCUCUUGGUAAAUAUGGCAUCAUCUGCAUGGAAGAUCUGAUUCAUGAGAUCUAUACUGUUGGAAAACACUUCAAAGAAGCAAAUAACUUCUUGUGGCCCUUUAAGUUAUCUCCACGGGGAGGGAUGAAGAAAAAAACAACCCACUUUGUAGAAGGUGGAGAUGCUGAUAACAGGGAAGACCAAAUCAAUAGGCUUAUUAGAAGAAUGAACUAAGGUAUCUGCCCUGAUUGUUUUUGUAAUCUGGUCAGUUAAUAAACAGUGACUGCU